GCGGAAUGGGAUGGCCUAGGAUUUGGCCUGAUGCCGACCGAUUACAUGUACGUGGCCAAGUGUAGCGGGGACCGCAACUUUGGACGAGGACAACUUCGUCUUUUCGGGAACUUUCAAGUGAGCCCCUCCGCCGGAGUUCUAAACUACGGCCAAGGAGUGUUUGAAGGGACGAAAGCACACAGAAAGGAAAAUGGGCACCUACUUCUGUUUCGCCCGGAACAAAAUGCCAUGCGCAUGCGGAUGGGUGCAGACCGAAUGUGCAUGCCUGCACCUUCCGUGGAUCAAUUCGUGAAUGCUCUCAAGCAAACUGCCUUGGCCAACAGGCGCUGGGUUCCUCCACCGGCCAAGGGAUCGCUGUACCUGAGGCCUCUGCUCAUAGGGACGGGUCCCGUAUUGGGUUUGGCCCCGGCGCCCGAAUAUACAUUCCUCAUAUAUGCUUCUCCCGUGGGCACCUAUUUCAAAGAGGGUACGGCACCGCUUAACUUGUACGUGGAGGAGGACACGGAUCGUGCUUCUCGUCGCGGGACCGGAAGCGUCAAAACCAUUUCAAAUUAUGCUCCCGUUCUGAUGGCACAAAUGAGAGCAAAAAACAGGGGAUUCUCGGAUGUGCUGUACCUGGACUCGCAGACCAAGAAAAAUCUAGAGGAGGUGUCGUCUUGUAACAUUUUUAUUGCAAAGGGCAAAAACAUCUCAACACCAGCCACCAACGGAACCAUUCUUGCGGGAAUCACCAGAAAAAGUGUCAUUGAAAUUGCUCGUGAUCUUGGCUAUCAGGUGGAGGAGCGUGCCGUGGGAGUGGAUGAAUUAGCGGAGGCUGAUGAAGUUUUCUGCACUGGUACUGCUGUUGGCGUUGCCCCUGUAGGAACCAUCACUUACAGAGAUGCAAGGAUGGAAUACAGAACAGGGAGGGGAACGAUCUGUCAAGAGCUGAGCUCCACACUCACGGGUAUUCAGACUGGUAAGAUUGAAGAUGGUAGAGGGUGGAUCCAUGAGAUUUUCUAAACUCUGUGUUUUGCUU